ACCACAAAUGCACUUCCAUGCAUGGAGUGAGACGCUUCUCUUAAGAAAGUGUCAACAACGGACAGACGCUUUUUUUUUUUAAUCGGAGCGCCGCUCAAGAGCACGUUCGACCUCCGGGUUAAGUGGAUGCACUUUGUCCGGGGUCAGGAGUUUCGGACUGGAACAUAGUCCGAUAGGAAAACGAGGAGAGGGGGAGGCACAACAGAAAGAGAAAGAGGGCGAAAACACCCAGAAGGUCCUCCAGCGGUGCUUCCAAGCGGAGAACAAAGUAACUCCUACCCGGACAAACUCAUUUGGAUGUUUCUGCAGGAGCCGCGCGUUGUUCAAGUCUUCCCGUCCUUCGGUGGAAGUAUUUUGAUUUUCUUUUUCUCAGCCUCUCCCCUCUUCAGAGGACGGAUCGCCUCCUGCACUUUGAAUCCAAGAACCUAACUAGAUGUGGGCUUUUCUUUCCAUGCGGUCGUGAGUGGAUACAUGUCAAAUCAGCUGUUUUUGCGUGUCACCGCCACUGACGUUUCAUGGUGGACAUCUGAAGUGUGGAUAUGCGAGGGAAACUUUUGAAGGAUGAAGAGGAGGAAAAACGAGUGAAAGCUGAAGGUAUGGAGGAGUGGAGGCAAUGCGGGCGGUGGCUGAUAGACUGCAAGGUCCUGCCCCCGAACCACCGGGUCGUGUGGCCCUCGGCAGCCGUGUUCGACCUGGCACAGGCCCUGCGUGAUGGGGUACUCCUGUGCCAGAUGUUGCACAACCUCUCUCCUGGCUCUGUGGACCUGAAGGAGAUCAAUUUCAGACCUCAGAUGUCACAGUUCCUGUGUUUGAAGAACAUCCGGACAUUCCUCAAGGUAUGCCAUGACAAGUUUGGCCUGCGGAACAGUGAGCUGUUUGACCCUUUUGACCUCUUCGAUGUCAGAGACUUUGGCAAGGUGAUCUCCACUCUGUCAAGGAUCUCCCACCACAGCAUUGCACAAAUCAAAGGAAUCAGGCCUUUCCCCACUGAGGACACAACCUUGAAUGAGGAUGAUGUGUACCGGAGCCUUGAAGAGCUGGCAGAUGAGCACGACCUGGGUGAGGAUGACAUCUAUGACUGCGUGCCAUGUGAGGACGACGGUGAUGACAUCUAUGAGGACAUCAUUAAGGUGGAAGUACGACAACCCAUGAUCAGAUACAUGCAGAAAAUGGGUAUGACAGAAGAUGACAAGAGGAAUUGCUGUUUAGUCGAGAUCCAGGAGACUGAGGCCAAGUAUUACAAAACUCUAGAAGAUAUUGAGAAGAACUACAUGAUCCCGUUGAGGCAAAUCUUGAGUCCGCAGGACAUGGAGGCUAUCUUUGUUAACCUUGAGGAUGUGAUCAAAGUACACUUCGCCCUCCUGCGAGCCAUCGACCUCAACAUGGUCACUGGAGGAAAUGGUCUAGGAAAGAUCUUCCUCGACUUCAAAGAAAGGUUGUUGAUCUACGGCCAGUACUGCAGCCACAUGGAGAACGCCCAGAAAACACUGGAUGAAUUAAUAGCAACACGAGAGGAUGUCAAGAUCAAAGUUGAGGAAUGUACAAUGAAAGUGCAGGAAGGCAAGUUCAAGCUGCAGGAUCUUCUAGUGGUUCCCAUGCAGAGGGUACUCAAGUAUCACCUACUAUUAAAGGAACUUCUCAGUCAUUCAACAGACCGACCAGAGAGACAACAACUAAAGGAAGCACUUGAAGCUAUGCAGGACUUGGCCAUGUACAUCAAUGAGGUCAAGCGUGACAACGAAACACUGAAGAAAAUUAGUGAAUUCCAAAGUUCGAUAGAAAAUCUUCAGCAGGUGAAGCUGGAGGAGUACGGGAGGCCAAAGAUAGACGGAGAGCUGAAGGUUUGCUCCAUUGUCAAUCGUACGAAACAGGACCGGUAUAUAUUCCUGUUUGAUAAAGUAGUCAUUGUCUGCAAGAGGAAAGGUUAUAGCUAUGAGCUCAAAGAGAUUAUUGAACUGCAAUCGUAUAAAAUGUCAGAUGAUCCCAUGAACAACAGAGACAUGAAAAAGUCAAGUGGAAAAAUGUGGUCUUAUGGCUUCUACUUGAUCCACCUGCAAGGAAAGCAGGGCUUCCAGUUCUUUUGUAAAACAGAAGACACAAAGAGAAAGUGGAUGGAACAAUUUGAAAUGGCCAUGUCCAACAUCAAGCCUGAGAGAGCCACAGCUAACCAGCAUAACUUCCAAAUGCACACAUUUGAUAAGAACACAAACUGUCGAGCCUGCAAGAUGCUGCUGAGGGGCAUCUUCUAUCAGGGUUAUUUCUGCUCUCGGUGUGGGACAGGAGCACACAAAGAGUGUCUGGAAGUGAUCACCAUCUGUAGGAUCAAUCCUCAUGACUUGGAACCCGGCAUGUCUUCAGGUCCUAAGAUGGUAGCAGUCAGAAACUACCACGGCACACCAACACCUCCAGGGAAGAUGCCUCUGUCAUUUCAAACAGGAGACUAUAUCGAGCUGCUGAAAGGAGACCCUGACACAACGUGGUGGGAGGGAAGGCUGAUCCAAUCACAAAAGAGUGGCUUCUUCCCCAGUUCCUGUGUUAAACCUUACCUAGACCCAAAGCCCUUUCAGUCCUUAUCCAGCCGGCAGUCAUCAAGGGAUGCAGAUUACUACGGAUAUCCUUGGUUUGCCGGGAACAUGGAGCGUCAACAGGCAGAUAACCUCUUAAAAUCCCACAGCAGCGGGACCUACCUCAUUAGAGAGAGGACGGCUGAAGCAGAGAGGUUUGCCAUCAGCAUUAAAUUCAAUGAAGAAGUGAAACACAUAAAGGUCAUUGAGAAAGACAGCUGGAUCCACAUCACCGAGGCCAAGAAGUUUGAGAGCCUUUUGGAGCUGGUGGAGUAUUAUCAGUCCCAUUCACUCAAGGAAAGUUUCAAGCUACUGGAUACCACAUUGCGAUAUCCAUACAAAUCACGGGAACGGUCGCUAACAAGGGCCAGCACGCGCUCGCCAGCAGCCACCUGCGCCUCCUACAACUUCUCCUUCCUCAGUCCACAAGGCCUGAACUUCUCCUCCUCUCCAAGCUCAGCUCCUUUUUGGUCAGUGUUUACUCCUCGUGUGGUCAGCACAGCAGUGGCCAGGUAUAACUUUGCAGCUCGAGACAUGAGAGAACUGUCACUACGAGAAGGAGACGUUGUCAAAAUUUACAGCAAGAUCGGUGGAGACCAAGGCUGGUGGAAGGGUGAGGCCAACGGGCGUAUUGGAUGGUUUCCCUCGACCUAUGUGGAUGAAGAAGGAGUCCAGUAAGGGCUCGAUGUUUCAAAAAAAAAAAGAAGAAAAUCAGGAACCAUCUAUCUGCUGAUCUCAGAGAAAACUCCUCACUCUACAGGAAAUGUUUUUGUUGAUGCUUUUGCUGGAUCGCAAGCACCUUUCCUCCCUGUCUUCAAGUAUGCCUCAGCUUUGCUUGUCUUAUACUUUUAGCAGGAUUCCCCAUUUGAUUUCUGUAUAGCCAAGAGGGGAAAACGUGGCUUGCUGUGUGAGGCUUUAUUGAACAUGGCAAAAACAAACUGUGCAUAGCUUUACGUCGAGAAAAAAAAAGCCUUUGCGAACCUCUGCAAGGUAAAAUAAAUGUACAGUAUAGAUAAUUUAUUGAAUAGAUAUUAUUACCAUGACUAUUGUUAUUGUGGGGAUUUUAGCGACAACAAAAAAAUCUGCAGAGUAAAGUAAAGUAAGAAGGGGGAAAAGAGACAGAUGCUCUUUUUUUCCCACAUUGACAGAUUUUGCCUUAGUUGUCAUGGUGAUGCCUUGUGGGCUGACUCCAGUGGAGGGAAGAGACUUUGUUGCCUGGCUCGGCUUCUCAUGUAUGCAUGUGUCCAUGUGCGGCCCACACAAACACAAUUGUACAGUUCGGUGCCUUUGAAAGAACGCUUAGUGAACCUUGACAUCAGCCAGUAAAGAACAUUACCAUCGCUAACAAGGACCAGUUGUGCACAUGCAAAGGGAAAAACACGCAAGACUCGACAUCUGAGUCCUUGAAUGCAACACAAUAAUGUGUGGACUCCAGGAAAUCCAAAGUCAUAGGAUCAAGCACUCUCGGUUCACAUUAUUCAAGGAUGUCCUGCGGAAGGGAAACAAGACCACCUCUUCACGCUUCCGUCUUUUUAUCCACAAAUGGAACCAAUAAGUCUGCAUGGAGUUUCAUUUCUUUGUACUUUGCCUUAUUUUUAUUUUAUUUUUUACAGAUGAUCAGAUGUUUUUGCUCCCAGUUGUUACGUGUGAAAUCCUCGUUGGUGCUGUGUCGACUGGUGACAAUUAAACUGCCAUUAAGAGAAGUGUGUGUGCUAAUAGUUGAGGGGGUAUGAUUCAGUGCCAAGUCUUUCAAUCUACAUCCAGUCCAGUCACUACUUAGCACUGUAGACAUCAAGGGUGUCCAAGUGCCCCCAUUUUCAGCAUAUGUACAUUUUUAUUUAUCCUGGUUGUUGGCACAUUCUAAAAAUAAAAUCAAUUAUCACAGGUGGUUCUCAUGUUACAAAUGAGUUCUGUUCUGUGUGUUUUAGUGGAAAUUUAUUUUAUAUCUAAAUUCAACUGAAAUUAACAUGGUGCACACAGCACAUUAAGAACAUAUAAAAUGCUGUAAUAAAAUGAAAAGAAAUACAGACAACUGGAAAAAAUGCUCAAUACAGUCGUCCCUCAUUUAUCACGGUUACCCAAUUGUGAUAAGUAAAUUUCCGCUAAGUAGGAUUCAAUAUUAAUGAAUGCAAUAUUUACAUAACUUCUUUGAAUUUCUGAAUAUGUUUUAUUCCCUAAGGGAUAUCUGCAGGGACAUAACAGAUGGCUUCCAUUAGCAUAGCAAGAUAGCGAGCUAGCUAGCUAGCUAGCUAGUUAGCCUGUCCAAUUUACAUAUCCUAACAUAAGAAAGUAUUUCAAACAGAGUGGAGAAGAAAGACAAAGAAACUAAAAACUUACCACUUCCACAUGGAAUGCGAGGCAAACCUUUUUUUCCCAUUUGAUCUCAGCCAUGGUAUGUUGGCUCAGCUCUACUAGCUCAGUAGCCAGUCUCCAUGCAGUGCAAAAGGUAAAGUAAUGUAAUAUCAUGUCUCAUAACAAUACUAAUGCCUAUUGCGAUAUACCAACCAUGAUACGUAUAACGAGGGGUGACUGUAAUGAGAUGUGCUUAGUUAUCGCUCUCCUUUUCAUAGUAGAUGAUGUUUCAACGUUGAUGUUUCAAUAUUAUUCCAUAUAGCUUCGAUUGAGGCACAUGCCGUGUUCAUCUGUGGCAUCAGAGACGAGAAACGCGCCGUAUCUUUGCACUUCGUGCAGCCUACAUUCAUUCCGCCGUGUGUGCUGUAACUAGUUAUCGAGGUAGUCUAGCGUAUAUCGGCCAAAGUUACGUUUUUAAUUAUGGAUUGGCUUUAGAAUCUUUAAUGCUGCACCCAUGCUGGAAGAAGAUUGGACACCCCUGGUGUACAUCCAUCCACAUAGAUCCAAAUCCAUGGAGAGUGUCACUCGCAUACAGAUUUUGUUACUGCUGUAUUUGUUAUACACUUGGAUGUAUUUUAUACCUUUUCACACAUUUCUGGUAUUUAUUGACAGUCUCACUCAGCUACUUGCAGUACGGUCAUUUAGAAUUACUUUCUGUUCUGUCUGCCACCUACACAAGUGUCUGUGCAGUACUUCUUGGAAAUAACCAUUGGGCAAAAAGGAACCACAAUGCCUGGAUGGCUAAAAGUAGCUGUUAUGUAAUGCAAAUAGAUUUAAUAAUGAGAAUGGGUCAAACAUGUUAUAAAGUUAUUAAAUUUCUGAAUUUCAUUCUCACUGAGAAGUAAAGUGCGAGCAUUGAGCACGUCCACUGUAGAUGCUUUGCUUCUUUUUGACUGUCUAUGAUGCAAAAAGCACAGUCUAUUAUUGUUGGGGGGGGGGGGUGCACACACAGGAGGUUUCCAUGUUGUCUUGAGUCAGCGGCGAGCUCAUCGCUGUUUAUUUAGUGGACAAGAACAAGAACAACCCAUUGCAUGUAGCUAUUUAUACUUCAGCUCCUGUCAGCACAUCCUCAAAGAAAAAUAUGUACGUCAUCGUGUACAUUUUUUGAAUGGUCGAAUAUUUCCAAAUGAGGUCUAUCAUGAAAUAAAUAUUUCUCUCUUUGUUUAGAUUUGAGGCUGUUUUUUUUCUUACUUUCUAUGAACGAUACUACUACUACAUUAUUACAUUAUUAGGAUUAUUGUCCAGUGGUUGAUCGAAGACACAUUUGUAUUAUUAUUAUUUUGUUAGGCGGCACGGUGAUCGAGUGGUUAGCACGCAGACCUCACAGCUAGGAGACCAGGGUUCAAUUCCACCCUCAGCUCAUCUCUGUGUGGAGUUUGCAUGUUCUCCCCGUGCAUGUGUGGGUUUUCUCCGGGUACUCUUCCCACAUUCCAAAAAAAAACAUGCUAGGUUAAUUGGCGACUCCAAAUUGUCCAUAGGUAUGAAUGUGAGUGUGAAUGGUUGUUUGUCUAUAUGUGCCCUGUGAUUGGCUGGCGACCAGUCCAGGGUUUACCCCGCCUCUCGCCCAAAGACAGCUGGGAUAGGCUCCAGCCCCCCCGCAACCCUUGUGAAGAAAAAGCGGUAGAAAAUGAAUGAAUGAAUGAAUUAUUUUGUUAAAAUGUAUCAUUUAUACCAAAAACACACCAUAUUGAUUUAUAUUGUAAUAAGUCAAUUUGUUUAAAAAAAAAACAAAAAAAAGCUUAAACUUUAUUAUGGAAAGCAGGAAGUGAACAAAUGUAAAAGUUACUGAUUGUAAAAGUACCAGAUGGAGGGGUAGGAUUUAAUAAGCUUUGCUUCUUCCUACUCCUUUUGGACAUGUGGAACUGUGAACUGAUUAUGGGAUGCAUUCAAUUGUAAUCUGAUGCAUGUUCAAAUGAAAUAAAACCAUUACCAUAAAAAAAAGAAAUGCAAGCAUAAAAAUGAUGCCUUAGCGUGCAACAUAUUCUUGUUUACUUGCUUUUACAACCUUUUCACCUCUUCCUUCACUCCCCCUGGUUUCAUUCGCAGUCUCACACUGGAGGCGAGCAAACUUUGGAGCUUAAAAAAAACUGUUGAUGAUCCCUGCUGUUCUUCUCAAAGCAGAGGCUAAAGGGUGAGUACUUGUCUAGUGGACAGAGACCCUGAAUGCAAAUAUUUCUGUAUACUUGCAUGAUACGCCAAAGACCAGUCGUGUACAUAUCAAUAAUAUGUUGAAGUUUGACCUCUGAACAGCACAUCGGCUUGUGAGUAGGAGAAAAGCACAUCAUUGCUGGAGAAUGAAAAAACAUCUCCAAAUGUUUUAAGGGUUUUUAAUAUAAAUGCAAUUUUGCAGCUAUGUCAAUAUAACCAAAACCCUCAUUGCAAUGAUAAGUGCCGUUGCCAUGGAUAUCCCACAUCAGCUACUUUAUUCAUUUAUCCAUUUUCUGACACUUAAACCAUACAGCCCACGUGUUGGCCCUGGUGCUUAUGUAAUAGAUACUGUAGAUCAGUGUUUCUCAAAAAGUGGGGUGGGUCCCUUUGAGGGGUACGGUGACAUCUGAACUACAGUGUUGCCAUUAUUACGCAGUAUUAUUACGCAUAGAUAUUGAUAUCAAUGAUCCGGAUGGUGGUUCAGUUGCCAUUGCUCAAUAUUGCUUGGAGGAAUGUCCCUUUUUAUUUCCUGAAAAUAUCUGUAUAUAUAGUUUGUUAGUUAAUAUUCAGCCUGAAAGUCUGUAUUGCCUUACAGGUAGGAGAGUUUUUUUUUUUAACAGCGUACAAUCCUGGAACUAAUUUGAGCUGCAGUAUGACUCAUCUUGUACCUUCCCCGUCUCAGGCAGUGUUUGUGUGUUUACCUCCGCAAUCCAUGAAAUGACAGAUAUGAGAGCAACCGGUGUCAUUUCUCUCCCAUGAGCUUCUUCUCUGUGAUGCUUCAUUCGUCUGAAGCCUUCUACAUCACAGACAUUGAGGAGACCACAUGUCAAGAUUAUGGCUUGAGGAGCUCCUCUGUCUUCUGUCCGCCCACACAGCACACAUUUCAACGUAAAAAAGAAAAAAAGAAAAAAGAAUGGGGGUUUUUCUUCACUUCUUGUGAACCACAACUUUUUUGGAGGGCACUUACUAUUUUGCAGAUAGUGUCAUAGAAAUGUCAAGAUGGCGGGUCAGUGACAGAUUGUUGUCGCUGGAGGAGCUUGUCAUGCCGCAUUCUCUUCCAAAUAUUUCCUUUUCGGGCAAUUCCAUGAUUUUAACUUUUGUAAGGCAAAAAGUGGUAACAAAUAAACAAAAAAACAUCAACGAAUCAUUUUUUCACUGUUUUUUUCAAAAGUGACAGAACAGAAUGACUACCACUCAUUGUAGAACUACACGAUCGAUUCCCGAUCGAUUGUGACUGUAGGUAUGAAAGUGAGUGUCGGUUGCGAGAUGUUGUACGUUGCCUUUUACGACUACAUUUUACCACAUGGAUCCGGUACAGCUUACAGUAUAUGUGUAUAAAUCCUUUAAAUUUAGUGGCUGCAGCUUUAACACCGGAAAUAAUAUUACUGUACAUUAUUUUAGUAUUUAGGUUACAAUUUUGUCACAUAUUUCUUGACUUGUUUGGCACCAUCAUGGGUGAGGUAGUUGUCUGGAUUGCCGCAUAUAAAAAGCUACUUCAACCAUCAAAAGGUCAUUUCAGAUUGACUCUUGACUAGUGGUGUGUCGGUCAUGAACGAACGGGUCAAAAGAACUUGUUAUUUUUUGUGAAAAAAAUCACCCCUAAAAUACCCAUUCAGUCCGUUCAGUUGCAAAUGCUUUUUUUAUUGUCUGGAGAGUCAGUUCACCGUUCCUUUUGCUUGCCUGUCUUAUCCUAUUGUAGUGUCUCGCUCUGUGGGUGGGUGGGUUUAUCUGACUGAAAGACUGAGACCGAGAGAUUGACCAACACUGUCAGUGACCUCGUUCAUUCCGUUCACAAAAAAGAACUAGUUCUUUUGAACCGUCCGUUCAUGACCGACACACCACUAGUCAUCAUGUGUUGUUGCGCUGUUGAGUCAGAACGUGAACAUGAGUGAACGGACUGACUCGACACGGCUGACCGGGUUUAUGCACAGGGGGAGAUCACAGGCUAACGACCAAUUGACCGAAAUGAAUGAAAUGAUCCGGUUCACUGAAAUGAACGGUGUUGCCGACCACUAACUCUGACUACUUGCAAGGCAUGUUGCCAGCUUAUAUAUUAAACGUUUAAAUUUAAUACUGUGGAGGCAACUGGUGAGCCCGAUUCAAACUCUUGGCGGGC